GAAAUUACCAAUUUAAAAGAAAAAAUCACCACUUCUAAUAAAAGAAAAUCAUUCUUUGAAUCACAAGUAACUGAAUUCAAAUACACAAUUAGAACUCUUGAAGAUAUGAUCAAAGGCUUUGAAGCUACAAUUAAAGAUCUCAGAAAUAAUGAGAUCUUUAAUU